AGUAUUUCCCAUUUCGCCUCUCAAUCUCAACAUUCCCCCCUGGCUUUGUCCAUUUCUUUUUCGAGGGAAAUAAUAAUAAUGUACCAUCAAAACCACCACCACCACCAUCUUCACCUUCCUUGUCUUCAUUGCCACCCACAAAGCUACAUUAGAAUGGUUCAGUAUAUGAUAGAGAGAUGUUUGUUGCUUCACAUGAACCGACAACAAUGUGUUGAGGCCUUAGCAAAGUAUGCAAGCAUUCGACCAUGCAUUACAGUUACAGUGUGGAAGGAGCUGCAAAAGGAGAAUAGGGGAUUCUUUGAAGCAUAUUUUCAUGCCAUUUCUCAAUACAAGCCUUUCAUGGGUUAUUACAUCCAAAGGAAACAUGGAUUUCCAAGGAAGAAAAGGUUCUGGAAGUGAAUGAUAAUUUACUAUUGCAAAAGUAUUGUCUCUAAAUUAAUUCUAAGGUACACUUUUAUUGGGGUUUUGAUAAAAAGUAAUUUUUUUUAUAAGUGGAGAUAAGGGAUAGGACUGCUUGAGAUUAAACUCAAAUUCUCAUGCCGACAACAUAAUACUCUUACCAUUAAAUCAAGAGGUUAUUGGCUGAUGAAUUGUAAACUUUAUGGUGAGUUUUAGAAACUUUCUUAGAAAUAUUUGUAUAUGAUCUUAAAAUUAGCUUUUUAAAGGUAAAUCACUUUAUAUUGGUUUGUACAAAAUAAAA